AUGAUUAAGUGGGAUAGAUAUAAUCAACAAUAUUUUAGGAAGGGUAGUGUUGCAAUCGCUUUAAAAAGGUUAAAAGAUUCUCAAAAUAUUGGACCUAGUUUUUUCCAAGAGUUGAUCGCACAUCUUCAUUGCGAAUCGAAUUGUUUUGUUCUUCGUUGUUAUGGAAUAACUCAAGAUCCUGUAACAAAAGAAUAUAUAAUGGUGACUGACUAUGCUACUAAAGGUGAUUUCCGUACAUAUAUGCGAACUGAAUUUCGAGAGCUUAGCUGGGAAAACCAAAUUUCUCUCCUUCAAAGUGUCGCACAUGCUGAAGUUGAAACGAUUUUAAUAGCUUUACGAUGUCGUUCAACUGAAGUAAUUUAUCAUGAUGAAAGAAGUGAUUCAAUGUAUACAGGAGGGUUUAGACACAUUAAUGGAGAAGGCAUGUAUAAUGAUUGUAAUAUACAUAGCCAAGCUAUUUAUGAAAGUAGAUGUUUCAAAGUUACACAACUUUUGAAAGAGAUCGAAAACCUAUCGGUUGAUGAUGGUCUAGAGCAAGAAAAAAAUGAAAUAGAUUCGUUGUUGGCUGAUUUAAAUUUCUCAUAA